AUGUUUUAUGUAAUCAUGUUAUCUAUUCUCAAAAACAAAAGAUUACGGUGUAUUUUCGUAGCAUGUGAUCAUAAAACAAGAUUGUAGUUUAGUUUUGUAAAAACAAAUACUACUCAUCCAGCAAGGAAAAAUCCAAAAAAUCAAAAGUCAUUUUGUUGCAGAUCUCAUCAAUAUUAGCGGCUUCAAUUGUUGAUAGAAAUGGUCGAAGACCAUUAUUACUCAUCGCUUUUUCUGGAAUUCUUCUCUGCAAUUUUGGAAUUUUCGGACUCAUGUAUAGUUUUGACAAAUAUCAUUAUUCAAUUCUCGGUUUCAUUUUGAUUGCAUUCAUCUCAAUUUUCACAUUUUUCUUUGCUAUGGGACCUGGGCCAUUGUGUUAUUUUAUAAAUGCCGAAUUAGUAGGACAAGCUGCAAGAAGUGCUGCGCAAAGUUGGGCAAGUGUUAUUCAAAUGUCAAGGUAUAUCUGAAUUUUCCUUGUUACAUAAUCAAAGAUUAUAAUUUUCAGCCGUUUUGUACUUGUUACCGCAUUUCUUCCAAUGAAAAAUCAACUUGGUGAAGCGUGGUCUUAUCUCAUUUUGUUCAUCCUUCCUGUUUUUGUAUCACUUUUGUAUUUAUAUUUCAAUCUCCCAGAAACUAAAAAUAAAAAUCCAUCGGAGAUCGACGAAGAAAUUCAGAAACUUCCAAAGUUUCGAAAACAUUAG